CUUCAUUUCUCAUCCAGCUACAACACACCGCAGUCCAACAACAUGCAGUUCUCCAUCUUCUCCCUUGCUACUCUUGUAGCCAUAGCAUCCGCUACUCCCUUUGCCAUGCCCGAAGCCUACGCCGGCACUCUUGACACUACUUCUUCCUCUCUCUCGGCCCGUCAGUCCAACUGCACUGAAUACUGCUCCAACAGCGCCGGCUGCGUCUGUACUGUCCGUCCCUCCGACUGCACCGCCUUCUACACCGUCCAGUCAGGCGACACCUGCCUCUCCAUCGCCAAAGUCUUCGGCAACUUCACCGUCACCCAAUUCUAUCGCUGGAACCCUUCCGUCGGACAAACCUGCUUUGGACUGCAAGCCUACGUGCCUGUCUGCAUCGACACUCCGUGGUAUGAGUUUACUCCACCCGUUCAGCCAGAGUUCGGCACGAAGUACACGCCUGAGCAGACGCCUGUGCCGGUCAUGCCGGGGAUUGUGGAUGGGUGUGAGCUGUAUGAGUUGGUUGAGCCCGGGAAGAGAGUUGAGGAGUUGGCGGCGGAGAAUGGAUUCGCGGUGGAGAAGUUCGCUGAGUGGAAUGGGAAUAGUACGACUGCUUGGGCGACUUACUGGGCCUGUGUGAAGGCUUGA